AUGUCCAAAAUCCACGAAGCCGGCCACCCAUUCAACAAACCAAGCGCGGAUCUUGUCCUGCGCUCCAGCGACGGUGUUGACUUUCACGUCCACAAGUGCAUCCUUGCAGAAGCCUCGUCUUUCUUUGAAACAAUGUUCUCGCUUCCUCAAGCCGAGGCGAAAGGCUCUCCCGAUUCGAGCCCAUUGUCUCCCCCUGCCUCAUCCAACGCGAAGCAUGGCUCGCCUGGUGGCCCGCAGGAGCUCAAGGAGGGUCUCCCUGUAGUAGACGUGUCGGAGGACUCGAAGAUCAUAGAUCGCCUGCUCCACUUUUGCUAUCCGUACGACAACCCCGAAUUGAACGACCUCGAUGAGCUGGCAGCGGUUCUGUCCGCGGCCGUGAAGUACGAUGUAGGCGCGACCACGAAGCUUCUGAGGCACUCGUUGUCAAAACACGCUUCUGCUGCUCCCAUGCGCGUAUACGCCAUCGCGGUAUCCCAUGGGCUGGAAGAUGAAGCGCGCAUUGCGGCCAGAGCCUCCUUGCGGUUCACUCUCAAGGACCUUACCUUGCAAGGCGCACGGGAGUUGUCGAGUAUACCCGCUCUCUCGUACCAGCACCUCAUGCAGUACAUUCUGCGGUGUGAGGCGGAGUUCUCCACCCUCGCCACGAAUCUCUCGUGGAUUCCCGUUGGCACGCCGUCUAUAGAUGAUAGCGCGGCCUCCCCACGUUCGUCUGUUCAGUGGAAUGCCGCCAACCUCCCACCAUGGGUUACGUGUCAAUAUUGUCCAGCCGAAAAGGUUGUACCGUAUCAAGCCCUGCCAAACGGCGGCGUCCAUUUCCCCAAGCAGUGGUGGAUGUCGCUCGUACAAUCGGCACGACAGCAGCUGAUAGAGCGACCGACCGGAGACGUCGUUCGCGCACCUUCGUUCAUCGACGCAUCUUUCGAUCAGAUGGCCCAGAACUGCCUCACCUGCCGCCUUCCGAGGGCAGUCCAGAGCUUGAAGGCUUUCUUGCAUUACCUGGCCUCUGAAGUGGACACCAAAACUACUGAGAUCGCGAUGAACACGAGGUUUUGUUGA